AUGUUUGGCUCCACCCUCUCACACGCCGGCCUGAAGAUUGAACUCGAAGUCAACAGGACCAUCCGUGCAUUCGGAUGGUUCAACCGCCCAUCACGAACAGUAUUCCUGAAUCUGGAUCCAGCGUUGCAAACCUCCCCUCUCAUGGUCGGUACGCGCGAGGAACACCUCAUCAGCACCAUGUUGCACGAGUGCGUCCACGCCUUCAUAGGUAUCUACUCCUGCAACAAGCUCUGCUGCGUUAUCUUCCGUCACCCCUCGCAAGGAGGCGAAGGGACCGAGGGCCAUGGUCCGGUGUGGGUGGAUGGCUAUGCGACGGUACGGAAGGAGUUAGCGGCGCAUGUUCCAUGGGCGGUGGAGAACUCGCUUCGAAGGGGUGUUAUUGGGAGUAUGUGUGAUGAUUUGUGGCAGCCUAGUGCUGAGCAGGUCAAGCGUUGGGAGUUGCCCGAGGAGAUCUUUGGGAGUCCUGCGGGGUGGGGAUUCGCGCGAGGCGAUUUUAGAGAGAAGGUGAAGAAGGUUCAUGAAAAGAGGCGUGAGUUACAUGAGCGUGAUGCGCCGAAGCAGAGUGCAGGUAAGCAGGCCCUGGCCCUCUCGAAAGUUGACGAGGAAACGAAGGCUGGGGAAAUUGUGAAAGGUAAGUAAAUCUAGAUUUCAUAAACUCUGUACCAUGAUUACAUUAACUCACUCCCCUCAAUCUCAGUCCAAAUAAAAUAACUAUCUUCCUUCCCUCUUGUUCCCUAUUAAGAAACGUAAGUUGUCAUUAUUAGGUUAUACAAUAAUAAACCAUUAAAAGAACACCGAAUUUAAAUUUAUGUAAAGUAGUGAUUUAAUAGCUUAAUAUAAAUAUAUUCCAUUCAGUAAACUAACAGGUCAGUUUUAUAUGAGUUCUAUUACUUCUAUCUUAAUGACUUUAGCAUAUAUAGCACACGCAUAUCUAUCAGACUAGUAGGUUAGUUCUGUAUACGUUUCAUUACUCCCUCUUUCUUCUUCUACUAACACAAGGCUUAGAAAGCACCUUCCAGCUCCGUCCUUUAAGACUCAGCCUGCAUGAUACUCCACUAUUUACUAUAUAGAAUGAGAGCUAGAAAUUCUAUCUUUGAAAGUUUCUAUCGCUUAUGUUAUAAAUAAUUGAUACUGUAUAGCCUCGUUUGGACUCUUUUCGUUCUUCUACAACCAACUCACAAGCGAUAAAUAG